AUGGCCCUGGGCUUCAUGGUGCUGCUCCUGGUGGGGAUGGUGAGGACAGCUUCCAGGGCUCAGCCCGUGCUGCUCCAGCCGCCCGCCGUGUUGGUGCUGCCUGGGCAGACAGCUCGGCUGUCCUGCACCCUCAGCCUCCCCUACAAUAUCAGUGAGUUUGGAAUCUCCUGGUUCCAGCAACGCCCUGGGCGAAUAUCCCUCAGGUAUUUGCUCUACUACAACUCUGAGCAAGACAAGCACAAGCCCACCAAGGUUCCUGACCGCUUCUCUGCUACCAAAGACCUCGCCAGCAAUGCCUGCAUCCUCAUCAUCACCUCUGCUCGCCAGGAGGACAACGGCAGCUACUACUGCUCCCUGUCUCUUGCCUUCAAAUGGGCUUAG